CAUGUUCAGUGAAAGUGAAUUAGUGGCGGUGAUGGUUGCGAGCAUCAUCAAAUACCAAUUACUACGAUGACCAGCUGACGGAUAAAUUCCUCUUCCACGUCCCUACGGCGUCAACGGGGUUGCCACAGGUACUGGAAGGAUGUUGGGUGGCGUGGGAGGCCGGCACAUGUCUACGCGUCGGCGGGGCAGUAGCCCGCUGGUGCGCGGAGGUGUUGGCCUCGCUGGAUAUGCUGGACCAGGGACCUCUGGAAAUUCGAACGAUGUCGCCACUUUACCACCGGAUGUACAGAGAUACGCUGCCAGGAGGCGCAGGGCGGUUACCACCAGCGAUCACAAGAGCUGCGCCCUCGUUCAAACUCGGAUCAAGUUUGGCGAUAUCACGUUGGCAGCGCAAGAGGCGGCACAAAGGGACCCUGGAUACGCGAGUCAGUACAGGAGAAGGCCGAGGUGGGCCGGACUGAGUGGUCUCGGUGACUGGACUAGCUUUGGAGGGGAGGUACCUGGUCUGGUGGACAUGGCGCCAGGCCGGGAUCAGGGCGGAGGGGCGGGUGGCGGUGGGGGAGGCGGCAAGGGCACCACGUCGUUGUUCAUCCUGUCGGAGGAUAACUGCAUCAGGAAGCAUACCCGCUUUAUAAUCGAGUGGCCGCCCUUCGAGUACGCCGUCCUGCUCACCAUCAUCGCCAAUUGUGUUGUCCUCGCCCUCGAGGAGCACCUGCCGAAGCACGACAAGACCAUUCUCGCACAGAAGCUCGAGGCGACGGAAAUCUACUUCCUCGGGAUCUUCUGCGUCGAGGCGAGCCUCAAGAUCCUCGCCCUUGGCUUCGUCCUCCACCGUGGCUCCUAUUUGCGCAACAUCUGGAACAUCAUGGAUUUCUUCGUCGUGGUGACCGGGUUCAUCACGGCGUUCUCGCAAGGCAUAGAACUGGAUAUGGAUCUGCGCACGUUGCGUGCGAUACGCGUGUUGCGACCGCUCAAACUUGUCUCCGGCAUACCGAGUCUCCAGGUGGUGCUCAAGUCUAUUAUCAAGGCGAUGGCCCCGCUUCUGCAGAUCGGUUUGCUGGUACUUUUCGCCAUCGUGAUAUUCGCCAUCAUCGGUCUCGAAUUUUAUUCGGGAACUCUGCAUAAAACGUGCUAUAGCAUCAAGGAUAUCAAUGUUAUCGUGAAAGAGGGCGAACAGCCGAGCCCGUGCAACACGGACAACAAAUCCGAGGCGCCGUUCGGAGCCCACGUGUGCGACCCGAACUCCUCGACGUGCAUGGAUCACUGGGAGGGACCAAACUUCGGCAUCACCAGCUUCGACAACAUCGGAUUCGCCAUGCUCACUGUCUUCCAGUGCAUCACUAUGGAGGGCUGGACUGCCAUAUUGUACUGGACUAACGACGCUCUUGGCAGCACGUACAACUGGAUUUACUUUAUACCAUUGAUCGUCCUUGGCUCAUUCUUCAUGCUGAACUUAGUUCUCGGUGUCCUGAGCGGAGAGUUUGCGAAGGAGAGGGAGAAGGUGGAGAACCGGCAGUCCUUCCUGAAAUUGCGAAGACAGCAACAGCUCGAGCGUGAACUGAACUGCUACCUGAAUUGGAUCUGCAAAGCAGAGGAGGUAAUACUCGCGGAAGAAAGGACCACGGAAGAGGAGAAGAUGCACAUAUUGGAAGUAAGAAGAAGGGCUGCGGCGAAAAAAAAGAAACUGAAGAAUCUCGGUAAAAGUAAGAGCACGGAUACGGAAGAAGAGGAAGGCGACGACGAUCAAGACGAUGGGUUUUCGAGAUCUUCCUAUUUCAAAUCAAGGGUGAAAGGCAAGGGGACUUGCGUCGAGUUCUGGCGGGCCGAGAAGAGGUUUAGGUUCUGGAUACGGAACUCCGUAAAGUCGCAAAAAUUCUAUUGGUUCGUCAUCGUCCUUGUGUUCUUCAACACGGUCUGCGUGGCCGUCGAGCAUUACGGUCAGCCGCAGUGGCUCACCGACUUCCUCUAUUUUGCAGAGUUCGUGUUCCUGGCUCUGUUCAUGAUGGAGAUGUUCAUAAAGGUGUACGCGCUCGGUCCUCGCACAUACUUCGAGUCGAGCUUCAAUCGCUUCGACUGCGUAGUCAUCUCGGGAUCGAUCUUCGAAGUGAUCUGGUCCGCGUUGAAGUCCGGCUCUUUCGGCCUCUCCGUCCUACGUGCCCUUAGACUGCUGCGAAUUUUUAAGGUCACCAAAUACUGGAAGAGCCUAAGGAACCUCGUAAUAUCGCUGCUCAGUUCGAUGCGUAGCAUCAUUUCCCUGCUCUUCCUGCUCUUCCUCUUCAUUCUCAUAUUCGCGCUGCUCGGCAUGCAGCUCUUCGGCGGUCAGUUCAACUUUGACAGCGGGACGCCGCCCACAAACUUCAACACCUUUCCCAUCGCGCUGCUCACUGUCUUCCAAAUCCUGACCGGAGAAGAUUGGAACGAAGUGAUGUACCAAGGUAUCGAGGCGCAAGGCGGUACCAGGGGAGGCAUGGUCUAUUCGCUCUACUUCAUCGUACUGGUGCUCUUCGGCAACUACACGCUGCUGAACGUGUUCUUGGCUAUCGCCGUCGACAAUCUGGCAAACGCACAGGAGCUGAGCGCCGCCGAAGACGAGGAGAAAGUGGAGGACAAGGAGAAGCAGGCGCAGGAGCUCGAGAAGGAGAUCGAGACGCUGCAGAAGCCCAAAGACGGUAACGCGCCCAAGGUGGAGGUCUGUCCUCCGAGUCCGAACCAGAAUUUCAAAGACGGAAAAGGUGGAAAGCAGUCAUCCGAAGAGAAAAAGCAGGAUGAAGACGAAGACACGGGACCAAAACCAAUGCUGCCAUACACCUCCAUGUUUAUACUGUCCUCUACGAAUCCCGUAAGAAGAGCCGCCCAUUGGGUCGUUAACCUGAGGUACUUCGAUUUCUUCAUUAUGGUGGUGAUAUCGUUGUCGAGUAUCGCGUUAGCCGCCGAAGAUCCCGUGUGGGAGGACUCUCCGAGGAACACAGUGCUGAAUUACUUCGAUUACGCGUUCACCGGUGUCUUCACCGUCGAGAUGAUCCUGAAGAUCAUCGAUCUCGGCAUCAUCUUUCACGAGGGCUCGUAUCUGCGCGAGUUCUGGAACGUUAUGGACGCGGUGGUCGUGAUAUGCGCCGCGGUUUCGUUCGCGUUCGACAUGACCGGUAGUUCCGCCGGACAGAAUCUCUCGACGAUCAAGUCGCUGAGGGUGUUGCGCGUGCUUAGGCCGUUAAAGACGAUUAAGAGAGUGCCGAAGCUGAAGGCGGUCUUCGAUUGCGUCGUGAACAGUCUGAAAAACGUCAUUAACAUUCUCAUAGUGUAUAUAUUGUUCCAAUUCAUAUUCGCUGUGAUCGCGGUGCAGCUCUUCAACGGCAAGUUCUUCUACUGCACCGACGAGAGCAAGUAUACGGAAGAGGAUUGCCAGGGUGAAUAUUUCGUUUUCGAAGAGGGUGCCAUGCUGCCGGAGCUGAAGAAGCGGGAUUGGCAGCCCCAAUGUUUUCACUAUGAUAACGUGAUGGCCGCGAUGCUGACGCUUUUCGCGGUCCAGACUGGCGAGGGCUGGCCGCAGAUCUUACAGAACUCGAUGGCAGCCACGUACGAGGACAAGGGCCCCAUACAGAAUUUUCGUAUAGAGAUGUCCAUUUUCUACAUCGUCUACUUCAUCGUCUUUCCAUUCUUCUUCGUCAACAUCUUCGUGGCCUUGAUCAUCAUCACUUUCCAGGAGCAAGGAGAGGCCGAACUGCAAGACGGUGAAAUCGACAAAAAUCAGAAAUCGUGCAUAGACUUCACGAUACAAGCUCGUCCUCUGGAAAGGUAUAUGCCGAAAGAGCGGAACAGCGUAAAGUACAAAAUCUGGAGGAUAGUGGUAUCGACGCCAUUCGAAUAUUUUAUCAUGAUUCUCAUCGUUUUAAACACAUUGCUCCUCAUGAUGAAGUUCCAUCGGCAAAGCGAAGCGUACAAGAACACGCUGAAGUACAUGAACAUGUGCUUCACGGGGAUGUUCACCGUCGAGUGCAUACUGAAGAUCGCCGCUUUCGGCGUGAGGAAUUUCUUCAAGGAUGCUUGGAACACGUUCGACUUCAUCACGGUAAUCGGCAGCAUCGUGGACGCCCUCGUGAUCGAGUUCGGGGAGCGGUUUUCGAGUGUGCCCAGUGGCGGCCAACUAGGCGAAAAAAAGGAGAACUUCAUCAACGUCGGCUUCUUGAGACUAUUUCGUGCGGCCAGACUGAUCAAACUGCUCAGACAGGGAUACACGAUACGAAUUUUGCUCUGGACCUUUGUACAAUCCUUUAAAGCUUUGCCUUACGUUUGUCUCCUCAUCGCGAUGCUGUUUUUCAUCUACGCGAUCAUCGGUAUGCAGGUCUUUGGAAAUAUAUCGAACGAUCCAGGAACAGCGAUCGAUGAACACAACAACUUUCAGUCCUUCUUCGCUGGUCUUAUGUUGCUUUUUCGGUGUGCUACCGGCGAGGCGUGGCCGAACAUCAUGUUGUCCUGCAUCAAGGGUCGCCCUUGCGACGUUAAAGCCACGAAACAGGACACCGACGGCUGCGGCUCGAACAUGGCGUACGCGUACUUCGUCUCGUUCAUCUUCUUCUGUUCGUUCCUCAUGCUGAACUUGUUCGUCGCCGUCAUCAUGGACAACUUCGAUUAUCUGACGAGGGACUCAUCGAUUUUGGGCGCCCAUCACUUGGACGAGUUUGUCCGGAUCUGGGCCGAGUACGAUCCGAACGCGACUGGCAAGAUCCAUUACACCGAGAUGUACGACAUGCUCAAGAACAUGGAUCCGCCGUUGGGGUUUGGCAACAAGUGCCCGAACCGGCUCGCUUACAAGAAGCUCAUCAGGAUGAACAUGCCGGUGGACGUCGACGGGAAAGUGAACUUCACCACCACCCUAUUCGCCCUGAUACGCGAGAAUCUCAGCAUCAAGAUGAGAUGCGCCGACGAGAUGAAUCAAGCGAACGAAGAACUGAGAGACACGAUCAGGAGUAUCUGGCCUUUACAGGCGAAAAAGAUGUUGGACCUUUUGAUACCUAGGAACGAAGAAUUAAACAGAGAUAAGCUGACCGUUGGUAAGAUAUACGUCUGCCUCCUGAUACUCGAAAGUUGGAGGACGACUAGGUUUGGUCAGAUAGAAUCGACCGGACAGAACGAUAACGAUCUUAUCGAUAACGAUAAUGCUGGGCAAAGUCCUGCAGCCCAGGCGCAAUCGGCCUUCCUCAACUGCAUACUGGACGUGACAGCGGUUAAUCACACGGGAAAUAGCCACGGGACCGGAAGUAGGGCGAACAGCCUCGAGCCGGUGGUACGUCCGUUGGACUCGAAGAUCGAUCAACACAAGGAGUUCAGGGAGGAAGACGAUGCGGCCCUCGGGGUCCUCGCAGCCAGCGAGCACAGACGUCACCGUAGCAUCAGAAAUAAAAAGGUGAACUGGAAGAUGUCCCACCAGUACGAUAUACUAGGCAGCAGCGGAGAGAGUAGCCAGGGAGGGGGUGGGUCUGGGGUUGUACCCGUAGUUAAUGACGAGGAUCGCGCCCCCGAGCUAGAGCCAUUGCUGGCUGAGGUGCCCUCCCAGCAGGAUCAAAACUACUACUACUACCACCAUCACCAUCACGACCAAUACUACGAUACCGACAAAGAUCUAUACUAUGACCGUCACCACCACCACUACCACCACCAUCACCAUCACCACCAUCAUCAUGCUCACCGACCACCCUCGUACUAUCAACACCAGAAUACCUACGCACCUCGCUCCUCGAUCCGUUACCACAAGAUGGACCCUCAGGACGUCGUAGUUAGCGACUCGCGAGCCGGUAGUCUCGAGAGUCUCACCCACGCAGGCGAGAGACUUCAUCCACCUGCUCAUCCAGCCAGACAUCCAUCGCGUUCACCGAGUUUGAGGAGGCACUCACCAGUCGUGCACGGAUCGCAAUCACCGAGGCGAGCUAGGUACGAUCAUCACGGUCAUUAUUACCACGACGGACCAGGGUUUAGCGACACGGUUAGCAACGUCGUCGAGAUUCAGAGACACACGCAUCAUCCCCAUUCGUCACAGUACAAUCAUCGGCACAGGAUGCGAGACUAUUACGACCACUGCGACUAUUACGACGAUGGUCCGUGGAGCGCGUCGACGAGCCCUGCGAGAACACCGAGCCCCAUUCAUCAGAUGGAUCGAGGUCGUCAUUACGGAACGACCAGAUUGGAGCAGCGCUCGAGGAGUCCGAGCCCGAUAGGGGGUCGUCAGCCGGGUCACACCCAGCAGCAUUAUUAUCGACAUCAUCCCCAUCAGCACAGCUACCCGGUAUUGGUGACGAGGAGAGGUCAAGGGCGACGGCUGCCGCCAACACCGAACAAGCCAUCGACUUUGCAGCUCAAGCCAGCCAACAUCAACUUCCCCAAGUUGAACGCUUCGCCGACUCACGGGCCUCACGUGCCCGGCGCCCACGUACCGAUUCCUAGCGGUAUGCAGCAUCCAGCUCCGGGUCACGUGCCGGGAAUGCAACCGGCCCACUGUCCGCUGAGCUUCGAACAGGCUGUGGCGAUGGGUCGCGGGGGUCGUUUGUUGCCCAGCCCUGUGCCGAACGGCUACAAGCCACAGCCGCAGGCCAAGCAGAGGACACCCAGGUCGAGACACUCGGACAGCGACGACGAAGACUGGUGCUAGCCAAAGUGGGACCCUGGACGGUGGUCCGGUGACGUGGACGCCCCCAGGCGUCUUUGGGUUUGCGCGUGAAUCGCAUCGAUCGAACCACGAAUUCGGGAGCGGUGAAAUUCGAUCGACGGUCCCAGCCAAGAGGAGUCUCGGGUGUCGAGAUCGGUUACGGUUCUCCGUGAAAAGGAGACACGAACGAGAAAAAGUGGCGUAUUAGGACGACACCACGAUUCGGAGACACCGAACGAUCGAGAUUCGUGCUGGGACAGGGAUCGACGGCAGGUUCGAGACGACUCGUUUCGAGCCACCAGGACAACGAUUCCCAAGAAACGCGGAAAGAGUUGAAAGAAGCUACGCGACUGAAACGAGAGCAACAUCGGACGGAUCGUUACAGGGAAAAUAAAACAGGACAUACACACAUGGAUACACGGAUACGCAAACACGCGAGCACACGCGCGCACACAUAUUACACACAGACCCACAGACACACAUACAAGUAUAACGAAUAAUCAUCUAGGCGACAUCGAAGCAGAUUGUGUGCCGCGAACACGGACGAUCGUCGAUUGAAAGAUUAACAAACGAGCGAUCCAGGCGAAAGUCCCACUGUCGAGUCGGACUCGUAAUUGCCUGAACGCUCACAGGAACUUUAUCUAUUUUCACGUGAAACUUUCUUUCGUCUCGAACUUUGUAAACCUUCCUUUGCUGUGCUUUUUAAUCGACGGACCGAGCCGAGGAGGAUCCACUUUUUAUACGAUUAAUAUCGAGGGAAGCGCUCUUGGAACGAUCGAAGCCUCCGCCUCGGAUCCCUUUUCGCGCGAAACCACCAACUUUGUUAUCACCUAUCGCGUCGAAAGACCCUGCGACACCGUCUCUUCUUGAUUUCUUUCGGAAUUGCGUCUGCCCGAACGAUUCGUCGGAGAGACGCGACAGACGGGACUGAUCAGCGUAAAACGAAAUCCUCUCCGGCGAAUCCCGAAUUGCAGAAAACGACCCGUUCGACGCGCUCGUAGACGAUACCGCGUCGACGUUCGCACAGAGUUCGUUCGUCGAUAACGUUAACGAAUCCGUGCAAAGGACGCAUCGACGAAUCGAGCGGGCUACGAGAGAUAAAAAAAAGAACACGCGAAACGUUUUUCUCCUCGGAUGAUUUCACGGGAACCGUGACUACGGACACCCUCGAAUUCGCAUUUGUGAAUCCCUGGGCUACGACGUGUGUAUAUAUGUGAACGUUUAUACGCAUGGAGCGCGGUCACGUGUUCAGCGGGUCGUUUUCGAUCGAAAAUACCGUAUACCGAUAGACCUAUUUCGUUUCGUGCAAUUUCCUACUCGUCCGAAGGUUCGUCGUUCUAUUCGAGGCGCAACGAAACGCGAAUCGUUCCCGUUACUUGCUCGCGUGAUUCGAGUUUCCUUCGCUCGGAACAAAAAUCUGAAUAGUCUAUUUAAAUCCAUCGGUUUGGAAAACUGGAUAAUCGAGCAACGAAACGAAAUAGAGCCGUAAUACGUAGAGCGUAUACGAUAUACAUGCGCGUAUUUUAUUCGGAACGAGCCUCGGAACGCGUGGAAAAAGUUUGGUUUCGACGUCGCGUCGUACGCAUACUACGAACGAGCCCUUUUUUCCAAAUCAAGGAUUCGGAGUACUCGUAGCGGGACCUCGCGGACUUUGACUCGUAGAGCCCGAAGAGGUCCGUGUACAUACGCUCGUUCGCAACCGUAUCGGAGAACGAAAGAGAGAGGGUAAUCGAGAAAUCGACCGGUCGCUUCGCAAAGGGAAGGCUAACCGUGAAAAUCGUAACCGAAGCUGCGAGCCUUCCGAUAUUUUUCCGCGCUCUGAACGAUACAUCGAACUAACUACGUAGGAUUUUUACUAAACCGAUUCUCUUGUAUCGUAAAAAAUGUAUUCGUUGCUCGCGACUACUGGCUGUUUUAUCGCGGUCCCUUUGACGAUGACCCUUUGAACGUUUAAACCGGAAGUAAUAGGCGUGCAAAGGACACGCGUACCCGAACGAGUCGGUGAACGAUAUUUUGUUCGCGAAUCAAAGAAAAAAGGUUAAAGGAGCAUCGAGAGGAACGAUCGUCGGUGUCGUUGUUUCGUAUUCUCGCUGUUGGUGCCAACGAGAAAUCGAGGGAUGUUCGAGAAGAGACGAAAUCGACGUGUUCGAGGAACAGUGGCAAGUGGGUGCCGAGUGCAUCGCGCGACUGUCGACGAAGAAACGGAAAUGGAACGGCGAAAAGGACCGGAGGUGUACGCUUUUGUAAAGAUGACGAGCGAAACGAAGAAAGAAAGCAAGUCGAAGAAGGAGACUCACCGAGCACUUGUAAAUUAUCUCAUAAUUUUCAACUCAAAAUUUACCAUCGCUGCUACUACCACCGGUACUAUCGACAUCUACGAAAGAGGAAGAACUAUUCGACUACUAAUUAUUACCGCUACUACUAAUAACUACGGCUACUAUUAUUAAUUACUAAAUACUACCACUAUUAUCGCUAUUACUAUUAUUACUACAAUUUACUAUCACUACUUAUUACCGCCAUCGAUACUACCGCUACACUACUAUUACUAAUAUUUAUUACCGCAACUACUACUAGCAUCGUAACUACUAUUACCACCACCAAAAACAA